UUUCAAGUGGAUUGUUGAACAGAAAGAGUUAGAACCUUACAUGUUAGCUCGCCAAUUUUAGCUGCAAGAAGUCCAUUUUUCUACAAGUUGUUUUCAAACGGGAUGAGAGAAUCCAAACAAUCUCAUGCAAUCUUGCGAAUCAAUGACACAGAGGAAGCUGGUCUCAUGGAACUAUUAAAGUUUAUGUAUAGCAACAAGUUGGAAGCUACAACUGCUCCCGCUGUGCUUGAUGUACUCAUGGUUGCUGACAAAUUUGAUGUUGUUUCAUGCAUGAGAUAUUGUAGUCGUUUAUUAAGAAAUCUAACGAUGACACCUGAAACUGUACUAGUUUAUCUUAAUCUUCCUUCAACUGUUUUAAUGGCUGAAGCAUUUAAGCCACUAACUAUUGCCGCCAAGCAAUUCUAUGCUGUCCAUUUCAAAGACAUAACCAAGUUUAGAGAUGAGAUUCUUAGCUUGCCACUUGCCGGUGUGGAGGUGAUUAUAGCUAGUGAUGAUCUCCAGGUGAUGUCAGAAAAUACAGUUUACGGGUUUGUCCUGCAAUGGGCUCGGGCCCAGUACUCUAAACGAGUGGACCGUCGUAAAAUCAUCAUGACCCGCCUUGCAAAGUUUAUUCGUUACCCUUACCUGACACAUAGAAUCCUUACCCAUCUCCUCACUUGCAAGGAGUUCGACCCAAAAUUUGCCCAAACGGUAGUAGCCGAAGCAAUAUCUUUUAAAGCUGAGGUCCCAUACAAGCCACAAACAUAUAUCAGGGAUGAAAAACCUAAUCUUGACCGUAGGUUCGUGGAACGGGCCUACACGUACCGGCCCAUUAAGAUGGUUGAAUUCCAACAACCACGUCCGCAUUGUGUUGUGUACUUAGAAUUAAAACGUGAUCUGUGUGCAAGUUUGUUUACUUCGGGCGUGGUUGUUUGUUCUGUACCGUUUAACUUUGGUGGUCAACUUUUUUACUUGAAGGCCCAACGUUACAUGGACGAUUUCGGGCUUUUUCUAGUCAUAGUAGAGGAGGCAGGUGCUUUUGCGUUUGACUAUGAGUUUGCAAUAAGGUACUCAAAGCCCACACAAGAGUUUGUUAGCAAAUUUAAAAGGAGCUAUAGAUCUACGGUUGGAAAGGCGGUUUGGUCCCUAUUUUUGUUUGCAAUUCCGUGGACUCAUGUUAUUGAGGAAGAUAGCGUCUAUUUCAUUGAUGAUUUUUAUCAUCUUAGGGUGGAGCUUACUGAUAUGCUUUGAGAAACCAACAAACAAUCUUUUCGUAGAGGGAAAUUUGAUUGAACUUAGUUGUUAUAGUACUUGA